AAGGACUCCGUGCAGCUUUAUCGUCCAGCGCUGUCCCUCCCGUUGCAAUCUCGAGGCUUCUGUCCGGCUGGGAUCGCAGCAAUGGCCUGGCAGGGGUCAAACUGCAUCAUGCAGGCGGCGCAGUGCGUCCGUCAUGCUGUUUCAUUGCAGACUGUUCUUCAGCACUCCGUCCGAUCCUCCGCAUCUUCUCUCUCUCCGAUAUCCACACAGCUCCUUCAACGACAACGAAGAAGCGCGUUCUCCACGUUUACACGGAAUAAUGCUGCUCUGGAGGUGCAGGCGGCACCAGAGAUUGAUUUCUCCAAGUUCCAGCAUCUGCCAGCACGCAUUGUGCCUGCGUCUCCGGCCUACUUCUCUGGAAGUCCCAAGUUCAUCGACCACCUGUUGAACCUCGAACGCAUACUGGCCAAAUAUGCCUCGUUGCCUACUGUUGCGCCCAGUGAAGCCCCGCGGAUGGCCUGGUUCAAGCUCGCUCAAUUCCGCGAUUUCGUCGGUGAGCCGGUACCGACCAAGAAGUACAAGAACCUCAUCAAGAUCCUGCAGCGGCUGAACAGGAUUGAUCCCGCUUUGGCACCGGAGGAAGUCCGUUCUACAUUGAACACGUUUCUCCGUCCGGGUAACCCGUACGCCAACAAGCCGGUUCCCGCGACUGUCGACGAGAUGGGCCGGGCUAGAGGAAAGGGAAAGCGUAAGGAGUCGUCCGCCGUCGUCUACCUCGUUGAGGGAGAGGGAGAGGUUAUGGUCAACGGAAAGAACCUGGUGGAUGUGUUCCCGCGCCUUCACGACCGUGAGAGUGCACUGUGGCCCCUUAGGUGCACGCAGCGGCUGGACAAAUACAACGUCUGGGCUACUGUCAAGGGAGGUGGUGUUACCGGUCAGGCGGAAGCCAUUACACUGGCAGUUGCCAGGGCAUUGCUGGUCCAUGAGCCAGCACUGAAGCCCAUUCUGCGAAGAGGUAUGUUGUACUUCAUGUUCUGCUGGAAUGACUUACAGGCCGCGUCCAUCCACUGCCAUAUAUGUAUUCGGACUGCUAACUCUCAUGGUUUCGAACAGUUGGUGUUAUCACCGUCGAUGCCCGUCGCGUGGAAAGAAAGAAGCCUGGCCACCGGAAAGCCAGAAAGAUGCCCACCUGGGUCAAGAGAUGAAAGACCUUACUGCGUCAUGUUUUCUUCCCUCUCUCUGUAUUAUUUCAACUCUGCAGGCAUUUUCGCGGAAAAUUUAUCCAUGUAUCUAUCUCGCAUCUUAAUGUCAAGGCGCCAAAUCGACUUCACUGGCAUAUUAGACAAUGAAAACAAACAAACAAACAAUAUAACCAUUAACAUCCACUUUGCUAAUACGAACUCCGGGGUCUUUCAACAUGUUUCGAUUAAGAAAAUCCCCUAUAAUUUAAACCUCCUACACCGCCUCUACUAACUAUCCAGAUGUUCGAGCAACAACCGCCCGUACCCACGUGACAUGGAACAGAAGCAUCUACCCACAGAAGUGCUGGGAAGGCCGUUCCUUAUCGAAGAAUCACAAAUAGCAGGAAAUUAGGACGAAAGAAGAAGCAAAAAAAAAAGGGAAAGGGAGAGCGAGGGAGCCCACCAUGCUACGCGGGAACUGGAUUAAAUUGGGAAACCUGUAAGGCGUAAUUAAGGCGCAGCAGCACAGCCAGUCCGAGUUACGUAGAGUUAAGGUUGCCGCAGUCUAGGUAAGAGACAGGCCGUUGGAAAGGGAUCGGGACAGC